CGGGGCCUCGCCGCCACCCUGCCCUGCCACACAUGGCGCCCGGCCGCAGCCAGGGGAGGCCGCGUGUGCCGCUCGUCUAUGUCAACAGCUUCGGCUCCCACCGCUGUGGCUCUGUCAUCCGCUAUGGCAGCAGCUGCCCGGAGGCUGAGCCAGGCCGGGAUGGGUCCCUGAUUUCCAAGCUGAGCCCCAGAGGGAAGGCCAGGAGACAGAGGGCUGCCCUGCUGCCUGGGCACAAGACCAGCCCUGGGCCUGCUGCAGGUGGCAGGAGGCAGGCGGUGGGGAGCUGUGGUGUGGAGGAGCCUGUCAGCCACCCUCACGGUGACCUUCAAGAGGCCAAGGCUGACACCUUCAACUUCCCCUUCCCUUCAAGAAAUGUUGAUAAAGUAAUUAAACGAAAGAAGCAAAAGUCUAAAGUCUGGCCUAAGGUCUGGAAAGUCAUUUCAAAAAUGCUUGCAGAAAAUGAAGAGUUCAGAAGUCGACUCUUGACUUGCAAACAGUUUAAUGGAGAAGGCAAUGAUAUGAGCCAAAGUUCACAGAAUGAGCCAUCCUCCCUGGACAGGGAGGAGUGCAUCUUUGGCUGGGUAUAGUAAGAAAUUAAAGGAAGGAAGACUCAAUCCAAAAGGAAAUAUAAAAGUAGUGAAAGUUUUUACUUUGAUCUAGUUCUUACUGAAGUCAGUGGCAAGGCUGUGAGAGAUUUCAGUGCACACAGGUUCCCUGUUUGUGUGGUGCAUGUGCUUCUACUGUUUAAGAGAUUUGUUUUUACAAUGGCUUAAACAGUUCUGUUGCAAGAUAUUUAUGUCAAGUCAUUAAGUCGAGUGUUUCACUUAGCUAUUAGUUUUCAAAAGCUUUGCAAUGAGCAUAAUAUUGUGACAGUUUGCUUGCAAAAGAAUAGAGAUACAAUUUAGCAUUGACGGUAUUUAUAUCUACUUUUUGCAGCUUGUCAGAAUCAUAAGCAAACACAAAUUCAGUAAGGCAGAACUCCACACAACAUACAAAGAAACACAUUUUUUUCUUACCAAUUUGAAUAAAUUUGACUUUAUUAUAUUAAAAUAAUACACAAUUACCCUUCUGUUCAUUCAUCCAUUUAUACAUGAAUCUCAGCAGCUACUUUGAAUAUGAAGCCAGGUGAAUGUUUUCUGUCUUGCUGUUCAUCGUGAAGCACAUAAUGAUAUCAUCAUAAUCAGAAAGUAUUGUUUGUCUAGAUGACUUCAGUAACACAAUAUAAUUUUCAUAUGUUAUGAAGUUUCAUACUUGAACUCUUGAUUGACUGUAAAAGCCUUUUAAACUAGCAAAUUGUGUAAAUGGAACAUGAGCAUUGCAUAAAAAUAGUAUGUGUAUGGAUUUCAUCUCUGUAGCUAAAACAUUCACCUGUCACAAUUAGACAUCCUUGGUUUCAAUAAAAGGAUUGUUUUCUCAUUGCAUAAUGUCUUAGUGUUCGCCGAUAUAAUGACUGGGAUGUCAGAGUGUUGAGCUUUAAUAAUAUGCUAGUGAUUGUGUCAUUAAGCAGCAAAGCAUUUGGAAGGGUUUCAUCUUUGUUUUCUCAAUAGUAAAACUGCAAGUAUAUAACUGGAAUGUGCCUUUUUGAUGACAGCUCUGGCAUCAAGGUUUCUUUUUCUGGUUUGUGGUUGAGAAUAUUCUGAUUUUACUUAAAAUAGUUGACAUUUCAGCUUGGAAAAGGAAGUGAGAAAGCAAAAUAAUCAAUCAAGAUGUGAUCAUUUUUCUGGCAUAGCAAAAAUGUCAUCAUUCUUUCGUAUUCUCAAAAUACAUGUUUGGAGUCAGAAGUUUGGGUGUUUUUUUUGGUUUGUUUUUCUUUUUUUGGUACUAAAUGAGAUGAUCUCCCUCUUCCCACAGCUUUGUGAAUGAAAUGUUUUCAUGGGGAAUAUUUAAUUCAUAAUCCUGGGUUGUAAAUUGUGGAGUUGUUGCUGUAAUGUCUCUUUUCUUGUAAACUGCACCUGCAGUUGGUACCUUUACUGGCAUAGGUAAAGGGGCCUGGAAACCAAGCUUUGCUUCCAGGUGCAUGAUUGCUAUUUUUACAGGAUAGAUGAGAUGCAUUAACCUAAAUCUCUGAAUGGAAUUCAGCCAACUCGCCAAGGUCCCCUGGAUAAAUAUAGACCUAUCUGUGGGACUAUGCUAAAUCAUCUUAAAAGGAAGCAUUAUUAAAGAUAAAUAUAGCCUUAGACCAUUCUUGUCCACAUACCUCUUACAAUGUGAAAAGUCUGUAUAGGCUGGUUGUCAGUAGCUGCCAGGGCUACCUGGUAGUAUUUUACCUGCUUGCUGCAUAUGUGUAAAUGACCAGAAGGUGCAAGGGAAAGCUUUGGCCCAGGAAAACAGAUUGGAUGCAUUGUUGGUACACAUGUGGGAAUGGAAGAGUGCCAGCUCCCCCUUUGUGUUCAGGGACCACUGAGGUGCAAUAGUCUUGCCCCAGCAUUGCUUCGCCUUGCUGGCUUUUCUAGAUUUUGUGGGGAUUCAGCAUAGCCUGGACUUACAUGCUGUGCUGCUCUGUUUUCAUGCAGGUGUG